AUGUUAUUUCGUCUACAACCAUCAAUUUCAUUAGUUUUUCGUCGAAUACCUAUUUUUCAAACUCGAAUAUAUGCAUCAUCAACUGCACCACGUUCCGAUGAUGAUUGGGAACAACAAGAACAAAAUACAAACGAUAAAACUCAAGAAAAUACACAGGAUGAUGAAGCAAAUAUUGCUUCUAUGAUUGGACCAUAUAUAUCAACGAAACAAGUAGCAUUUCAUACUGGACAAUUUGAUUCUGAACAUAUUAAGAAAAAGAAUAAACAAGCUUUUCUUGAUGUUAUUGAAGCAUAUAAAAUUCAAUUUCCAAAUCGUCGUGGUCAUGUUGAAUUUAUUCGAGCUGCUCUUCGACGUAUGAAAGAUUUUGGUGUUGAACGUGAUAGUGAUUCUUAUAAAAAACUUUUAUCUGUUUUUCCUGUUGGCCCUUAUCGUCAUCAAUCGAUGAUACAAGUAUCCGUUCGAUUCUGGCCAAAACAAAAUGAAACAGCUUCAGCUAUUGUAUCAGCUAUGGAAUCUCAUGGUAUUCCGCCUGAUCUUGAAGUUGUACAUAUGUUAAGAGAAAUUUUCGGGCCAUGGGCACAUCCUGUACGACGUUUUGCACGUUUUCUUUAUUGGGCACCAAAAUUUAUUAAUAAAAAUCCUUAUCCUAUUCCAUGGGAAUUACCAGAUGAUGAACGUGUUUUAGCGAAAUUAGCUCUUCAACGUAUGACAUCAACAGUUGAUAUGGAAACAAAAAUAGUUGAUAUACAUUCAUCAACUGAUACUUCAUCUGAUAUCGAACAUCCUGCUGGAGAACAUUCAUGGUUAAUGUAUACUCAUACACCAAAACAAAUUAAAUUAACAUCGACAUUACCAACAGAUCGACCAAUUUAUAUUGAAGGUCCAUUUGGAGUUUAUUUAAGAAAAAAACAAUUGAAAUAUUUUGUAUUACGAGCCGAUCCAUCAUCAGAAUAUUGGCAGAAAAAAAAAGAUUUAGAAAAAUUUAAUACUGACGAUGUUACUAAUUUACGAUCACCUUUUCAACCUGGUUCUUCUCUUUACAUCCCUCCAUCAGUACAUGAACUUGAUGAUGGUAUUAUUUUAUCAUUAUGUAUUAUAGGCAAACCAUUUACAUCAUUAAUUAACUGUUGGUUAGAUCAUUUACGACGUCAUCAUAUGUCUAGUUUAAAUCGUAUAGCCGUUGUUGAUAAAACAAAAUUAACUGAAGAUAAACAAAUAGAUCGAUUUUAUACAUCAAAUCUUGCUGGUACACCAGAAUUUACAAUACAUCAUGAUACAAAACGAUUAGCUGAAGAACCAAAACCAUGGUGGUUUAAGGAUGAAACUGAUGACAAAGAACAGUAA